UUGCACACCGACAUCCACAUGACAGCAGGCAGCGUGUGUCCUUCUGAGGGAACAUCAGUGACUUCUGAGGGAACAAGCAGAGAUACAGCUGACAUGGUGUUCCUGUGCCGCAGCAGGUGAUGAUGUUCCUGCGCUCGUGUUCAGUGGCACUGAGAUGCUUCAGAAGUCCCCGCGUCUCCAUCAGAGUCUUCAGCUCCAGCCGCAGCGCCGGGAAAGAAAGCGCUCUGGAUCUGGACUCCUGGAAGACGGUGAUGAGGUCUCAAGCGCUGCGGGAGGAGAGCGAGAGCAAGAGUCCGAGUCGCUCAGCGCUGGAGGAUAACCGCGAGCUGGUGGAGAUGUGGCAUCAGGCGGGAAAGUUCGUUCCCAGGAACAUCACAGACGAGCAGCUGCAGGAUCUCGCUCGGCUCGCAACCAGAUCCGCCAAGAAGAAAUACCUGAAGUUCCUGGCCAUUAAAGAGUCACACAAGAUCUCCAAGAAGGAGGAGCAGGAGAGGAAGAAAUCCCAAACUGAGACUUUUAAAGAGAGCGUGAAGGAAGAAGACCGCGAGCUGAAGAACACCUUCCUCCUGCGGUUCUGGAGCAGCUCCGCGGAUCGAGUCCAGAGCUGGAGAGCGGCGCAGGCCAUGCGCUUCGGUCAGCCGCUGGUGUACGAUAUGAGCUACGAGCAACACAUGAGCCGGCGGGAGAUGGAGAACACCGUCGCGCAGCUGAUGGAGAGCGAGGGCUGGAACCGGCGCGCCGCGGACCCCUUCCACCUGCACUUCUGCGGCCUGCAGCCAGACGGUGCAUAUCUGCGCGAGCUGCGCAGACGCUACGGAUCGCAUACAUGGGAUCGACUGCUGAUCACGGCCACCGAGCGAACACACCUGGAGAUGUUUCCUCAGCAGGAUCUGGUGUAUCUGACGGCCGAUUCCAAGCAAGUUCUGCAGGUGUUUGAUCACAGUAAGGUGUACAUCGUCGGUGCAAUGGUGGACCGCUCCAUUCACUCCGGCGUCUCUCUGGCCAACGCUAAACGCCUGCGACUGACCACGGCGCGCCUGCCGCUGGACGAGCAUCUGGACUGGGAGUGUGGAGCCAAGAACCUGACCCUGGACCAGAUGAUGCGCAUCCUGAUCACGCUGAAGCACUCGGGCAGCUGGAAGAAAGCGCUGGAGUUCGUGCCCAAGAGGAAACACGCCGGCUUCACGGGAGUCACCAAGAGUCGCUUCGUUCGGAACGAUUCAUCAGAGAUUCGCUUCCCCGCUGGAGCUCAGAGCGAGCUGAAGAACAGAAAAAACAAGCAGAAAGAGGAUCGGGGUUAAUACUGUAAAACUGCUUUCACCUUUAUUAAUACUUACUGUGAUUCUCAUCAAUAAAAAUUAUGAUUUCUGA